UCACUCUCUAUCAUUCUAUGGAGUCUCGUUCUCAUCAUGCAGUAAGUAGAUAGAACUUAGAAGCGAUCCGACAAAGAACGAGAAGUCGUCGACCAACGCGUGGACCCUUCAGGCCGGAGCUCAGAUGAGGACAACUCCGACAUCUCAUUCAAUUCGCUCCUUCCUUACCAGCUAAGAAAAUUUUCCCUCAUUUUUAUAAUCCUCCAUUUCUUCCAAAUUCUCUAUCCGUCCUUUUCUCUUCAGUCUCCUUUCCGCACCCUCAAGCGAAACAUGGAGGAACCUCUGCUCUCAUCAGAGAAAAGGAGUGAGCUUGGGGACAAGGAGAGCGACAGGCUGAGCUCGUACCAGUACGUCGGGAGGACCAACUCUAACAUCCCCACUGCUUCUUUGGUCGGAACUGAGGUGAGUGUUGACGAGAUUCGAUCUGCUGCUGCCGUCUCCGAUCGCUACCCGCCCUCGCUUCACGCCCCCCUUCUCAGCUCGCCCGAGCCGGACCCCGAUGCUUUCUACUCAGAGCAAGCUAAAGUCUACCGAGGCGGAUACGGAGGAGAGUAUGGUGGACCUGUUGGUGAAUUUCAGAGGGAAGUGUUGGACGAGGUGGAGAUUCGCGAGCUACUCAUCGACCAUGUGGGCCACCGUUGCUGCUGGGGAAGUCGUCCUGCUCGUACAUGGAAGAUCCACGCAGUUGAAGAUUGCAAUGUCUAUGUUGGCACUUUGGAUACUUUCAUAGAGGAAAGGGAGGUGGUGAGAGAGACUGAGGCCCAUCUAGGCGGCAACAUUGAUGGAAAGGACAAGGGUCCCGAGCUUGGAGUAUGGGAAUUGGAUCUGAGGUCCGAGUUUCCUGUCCUGUUUGUGCUGAACAAGGAGACCCGGGCCACUAUUCCACACUCUGAGACCAUUGAAAAAUGUUCAGGAUGUGCUGGAAGAGGAGAUCGUGUUUGUCCCGAUUGCAAUGCCGACCAAGAACCAGGAUAUUAUAAGGAGAACCGGAUGAACCAGUGCUCUGCUUGUCACGGGAGGGGUUUGAUCGCUCAUAGAGACGGAUCCGACACGAUAUGUGUGAAAUGCAAUGGCAAAGGGAAGAUACCAUGUGCAACUUGUAGUUCUCGAGGCCUAAUCAAGUGUGAAACCUGUCGAGGAAGUGGAUCUCUUCUCUCCCGCAACAUUGCUGUGGUUAAAUGGAAGACACUCUCAACCCGAAAAGUGGGCGCGACGGCGGGGGCUGCGUCCGUUCCUGAUGAAGUCUUCCACCAAGCAAAAGGUGUCCAGCUGUGCAACACACAGGCGUACCAGUGCUCCCCUGCCUUCUUUGCCGACUCCUACUUCCUGAACAAAUUUUCUUCUGAAGUCAUCUCGGAGCGGGCCCAGGCCCCCCCCAAAGCUAGGGUCAUCUGCGAGAGGCACACCAUUUCGGUCGUGCCAGUGACCCGUGUCACCAUGAGUCACCGUAAUCGUUCCUUCAGCUUUUACAUCAUCGGGUACAGCAGGGAGGUUUAUCUUAAGGAUUACUACCCUUCCAGGUUUUGCUGGGGGCUCUGUCCUUGCUUGGAAUGGUUGAAGUUGUGAGCAUAUGUGGUCUUUUCUUUGUAUUAUCUGCUUAAAAUAAGGUUGUACCAGAUGAGAUAUUUGCGAGCUUGUCGAGAUUUCGGUCGUCGUUGGUGUGUGUUGGGUUAUGUGGUGGUGAGGAAUUUUGCUACUUUAUACUGUACAUGUAAGGAAUGUAAGUGUGCUCAAUUCUUUAGUUUGGGUUUGUACUUUUAAGCAUCUGCUGGGUUCUGAUUAUUGGUUUA